AUGGCUGCUUUCUUCACUGGAUCUUCGCUUGCCACCGUGCACAUUGUAGGGGACUCCAUAUGGACGAUCCCUCUGAACAACGAUUUCUAUAGCAACUGGUCUCAGAACAAAUCUUUCAAUGUUGGUGACUCACUAGUUUUUAGGUUCGAGAUGGGACGCUACAAUGUGGUGCAGGUUUCUAAGAGGGAGUUUGAUAGCUGCAGUGCUGAGAACCCCUUCCGAACGUUUCUUAUAGGGCCAGCGACCGUCGAUCUCAAAGAAGAAGGAAUGUUAUACUUCAUUUGUAGCUUUGGAAACUAUUGUCUUUUAGGCCAAAAGCUCUCUGUCCCUGUCCAAAGGCCACCACCACCACCAGCAGCACUCAAUUCUUCUUCACCUGCUAGUCCUUAG